AUGCACGGCUCGAAAACGCCAGCUGAACUCGACUUAAGAAUCUGCGGCAUAGUUAUCAUAGCAGCAGCAUGCGUGGACAUGGGAAUGAUCAAGGGGUUCGCGGGCAUGGAGCCGACUGGCCACGAGACGGAUAUUGUGCUGAUCGCCAUUGGUGUGUUCAUCAUCGUGGUGGCGGCAUUUGGAUGCUUCGGAGCUUGGAAGGAGAGCCCUAAGCUGCUUUAUAUUUUCGCCGGCUUCCUAAUCGUAAUCAUCCUCCUCGAACUGUCCGUGGGCAUUGCGGCAGCUGCAUUACGCCCGCAGAUCGAAGGCACACUGAAGACACAGCUGCGCUCCUCUUUUAUCAAGAACAAGUCCACCAAGGAUGAAGAUGACACCUACAAGGAAUUUUGGGACAGGAUCCAAUCCAAUCUGGAAUGUUGCGGCAUUACUGGACCUGACAACUACGCUGCUUCAGAGCCCCGCAUCAACCCAUCUUUCAGCUGCUGCCCUGACGACGGAACUGACCGAAGUGAUGAGAUUAAGCGUUCUGAUUGCCUGUCUUCCGAGAAGUAUUACAAAGAAGGAUGUGAAAACAAGGUACUGGGAACUGUUCACAGCGCUGGUUUGACUGUCAUCGUCUGCGGGAUAUUGUUCUGUUUUCUGGAGGCCUUCGGCAUAGUCCUAGCGCUAUGGUUGGCCCACGCCAUAAAAACACAAGGGAAGAGCCGAGAAACUGCUUAA